CACACAUCCGGUGUUAGUGCGUUACUUCUGACGGAGCUCGACGGCCCAUUUGUUGUGGCGCUGCUUCCGCGUGAGUCACGUGGCAGGUGCUCGCGGAAGAGGCAGCAGGGCAGCAACAUGAGUGAGCGCUUUGACUGUCUGACACAUGUGUACAGAUGUUUCCUCUCGGGGUCGCGGCCCAGCCUCGGUGCCGCGCGUGUGGCCGGCGUGAUGUGUGGGCUGGUGGCGUCUCCCGGUGGGGACGGCGUGGACGGCGUGGACGUGACCUGCAUCAGUGUGUCUCUGGUGGAGAUGCUGACCUGCCUGGUGUCUCAGAGGCAGCCUGGACCCGCAGCAGAGCUCACACAGUACUGCGCGGACACCCUGACACUGUUGCUCCGGGACAUGGAUCUCAUGACACAACUGGUGCAUCAUUUCCAGAGUGAGGACCAGAUUGUCUCUCAUCUGGCUGCGAAGAGUGCAUCAUCGUGUGUAGUCUAUCAGCUCCUCAAAUCUGGAACAGUCAGUCCCGUCUGGCAGCAGAAGUGUGUACAGGCAUUUCUCAGCUCACCUUCCGCUGCUGAGUUGGACGCUUGUCUGUGGUCACUGACUGACGUCUUAAAAAGACUCCUCAGAACAGCUCCUCAAGAGAUCCUCUGGAAACUUCUGGCACCUUUUGACUCCAGCCUCAGUGCUUUAUGUUCAAGGUUUCUCCCUGAAAACCAACAGCUUUUGAUGGAGUCCAGCAGCAGAGCCUGGGGAACAACAUUCUGUCUCCUGCUGGACCUGCUGGAGGCGCUGACUGCAUCCAGUUUGAUCUCCGUAGCUGGUCUGAAGAGUCCGAGAUUAGCCCACAUUCACUCCUCAGCGCUCCUGACUGCAGUCAGCUGCUCCUCAGAGUAUUUUGUGAAAAAGCGAGCCCUGCUGCUUCUGAAGAGACUCAUUCUUCAGAAGGCUGGAGAGGACUGGGCUCCAGAAGACGUGCUGUCCGCCAGACAGAGACAUGAGCAUUUCCGCUCUGAUAUGAACAUGCUAGCUCAGACUGUGUUAACAGCGGUGGCUGCUGAUUGGUUGCAGAGUGUCCAAGUGGGGUCUGUCUCUUUCUUUGGGGGGACCAGACACAUCCGAGGGGAUGAUGGUCAGAAACCAGACUGCGUGAUGUUGAGAGGUGUCAGUCUGCUUCUUCUCAAGUCCAUGGAGCUUCAUAUACAAACGGCUGGGAGAACAGCAGAGCAGGACAGUGCCACCGAGGUUUAUGGGUAUCUACAGAGUCUGUGGGGCUUCCUGAGGCGGUGCAGUGUCCAGCUGACAGAAGUCACUCACCUCUGCUGCUGGGUCAGUCUGCUGUUCGGAGAGCAGGACGACGACAUGAUGGAGGCAGCUAAAGCCUUGCUCUCCAUAUUCCUCCAUCACAGACUCUGUUCUGGGGUGGAUGAUUUGGCUGAGCUGGAGGCAGCCUGCUCCUCUGGCUGCAACCCUCACUGCCACUUCCUGCUUCUGCUCCAGAGCGUCUCCUUCGAUCACAGCACCCUCCUCGACUUCCUCAUCUCCUCUGAGACCUGCUUUCUGGAGUACUUUGUGCGGUACCUCAAAUACCUCAAAGCUGACUGGCAGGGUUUCACCGCAGCAUGUGAAAGAGACACAGAGUCCCACUGUCAUGUUUCACUGCAGGAAUCACUUGCUCGCUUAUGCGGUGGUGAUAAACCUGCUCUGACAUUUAAAGUUGAGCCAGAACGUGUUGAAUCUAGCACCUGUGCUCAGCCCACAUGUGUUAUUCCACCAGUGGAAGGGGUCAGUUUGGCCAGUGGGCUUCGCCUUGUGGAGUAUGACAGCUCUGGGGAGUCUGAUCCUGAGAGCAUGGAGAUUUGUGAAGAUGAACCAGGGGCGUCUGUAAAACGGGAAAGAGGUAGAACUCCGCUAUCAACCACACAGAAACAAUCUGAGUCAUGCAACUCAACAGGAUUUCUGAGUGAACCUACAUCAACACGGGAAGCAGAGGGGCUUUCACCGCCAAGGUUACCGAGCAGGCAGAGAUCAUGUAGUCUGUCAGGACAGGGCUCCUGUGAGACAUUAGCCAGAGUGGUCGCCUGUCUGUCGGAGCUCAGAGAGGUGGUGACAAGGCUGCAGACAAAGAAACUCUUCCCCUACAACCCUUCCUCUCUCUUAAAACUCUUAGCAGGAGUUGAGAUGUGUUUCCAGCAAUCACCUCCAUCACAGUUUAAUAAAUGAUAAAAGGCAUAUAUGUGUUUUGUUCUGUUCUGUUCUGUGAGGUGGCGUGGAAGCUAAUCUAAUGGUUUAAAGGUUUUAAUAAAUCGUCUAUUUAUAUAGAGCUUUUCUAGGUUUGAUGACCACUCAAAGCACUUUACAGUACAGUUUAUUUCCAUUCAUCUUUUCUAUGAGGCGCAGUUAUGGGUUCAGUAUUUUAUCCAAUGAUACUUCGGGAUGCAGAUGAGGAAGACUGAGAUCGAACCACCAACCUUCUGGUAAGAGGACGACCACUCAGCCCUUAGCCGCAGCCCAUAAGAGUCGAGUGCAUUUCCUCUGCCUUGUCUGCCAGAAAUGCAAAGAAGAGGGCUGCAGAAGGAUAAUUAAAAUAAUCUCCUUUCCUAACUGCUAUUCCUUGACUCCAAUAGGAAACGUCAUGUGGUCUGGGAAACGUGAAUGAAAAGCAGUAAGGAGUUAGGAAACAAGAUAAUAUUACUCCAUUUACACUUUGUAAGAAACAACUUUAUGACUGAAGAUACACAGACUGUGUGAUACAGUGUUUAACUCUGAGCUGUGCACCCACCGUUAAACUGAGGUUACCUGCUUAAAACCAAAUGACUAAACAGAUGUUUCCAGUUUAUACGGAGGAAACAUUUAGAAUCAGAAUCAGCUUUAUUUAUUGGCCAUGUAUCAAACGCAUACAAAGAAUUUGACUCUGGUUUUUCCGUUGCUCUCAACGUACAGAAAUAGAUAAAUUAAAAAAACAAGGACAAUAAAGCAGAACAAGGUUAAGCAAACAU